ACACUUCACCCCAACCGUGCUGCAAGUCUAACUUUCUCGUCCACAAAGGCCUCUUACGAAACACUUACGCCCACCCACACCCCGGCUGAGCAACUUGGCCACGAAACUUGCCUUGCAUUGCUUGAGCACGCGUGUUGGUGGAAGUAUCAACCACAUCCCUGCGGCUGAAUCGCCCGCACCGGACUAUUUUUUUCGCCAACCACAACCCGCAUUCGUUGACCGCAUCAACCAAGCGGCUCAGUCACGCCUAGCUGUCACUAGAGAAUCCGUCCAAAUUGGUGUGAUUUGAAGUGAUUGCGAACACCAACCACGUCAGCGACUCGACACCACAGCUCACUCGCAUUCCUCGAAGUGGCACAACUCUCUGAUACUGAUACUGAUGUCAGCCACAACACUUCCAGACUUUAUCAUGCUCCCCACCGAGCAAUUGCUGCACCAAAGGUGGCGUGACGCGUCUGCUAACGAUAGGGACGCGCUCCGCUCCGAGUCGCAGAAACCUGGGUGGAUCAUGGCAGGCGACGCGUGCCCCCAUGUUGUCAGCACAUCAGGCAAUUUGGUUUCCUCUCUUGCAGUCCCAACCCCUGCAUUGGCAGACCGCCAAUGCGGAGAUACCGACACCCUUGCGUCUUUCCUCACAGCAGAGUACUGUCUGGCACCCUCAGAGGAAGAGGCUGCAUUGACACGCUUGCGUGCAACGGCAGGUCGCGUGGCCGUGGUGCGGCACACAUUUUUUGCUGACAGCUUGCCAGCAUCAGCACCAACCAAGCGAAGCCGCCACGAGACCGAGUCGGACCGGGCAUGCAGCAGGCCCGACGCAGCAAGUCAAAGCAGGAACGGACUGCCGCGCAAUGACCCUGAUGAACUGGCCCGUCCUCGCAAGCGUCAUGCCCCGCUUGCAAGCCUCUAGGAACAGGCUUAGCAAGGAUUGUUUUAGGCCGCACGUCGGCACGCGUAUGAAACCAGAGAGGGAAAUAUUCCGCACGAGGUCGUUAGCCAAUAUCGUGCCAACUUCGCGCUUAUAUCCCCUCACGGCACGGAAUGGACACAUUUGUACAUCGCGCAAGCCGCACUCGGCGACGCUCUACAGACGUCGCAACGUCCAUGAAUUGCUGUAAAUGAGUAGUAUGAUGUG